AUGUGGCUACUGCAGUCCGUCUUGCUCUGUUUUUCCUUAUCUCUUGCUCUGAGCGGUCAGCGUGAACUGGAGGCACCAGCUUAUCCCGGUGUACUCCACUGUGGGCUACGGAGCUUUCAGUUCACUGUGAACCUCAGGCAGGAGACAGCGACUCCUCCCGCACUAAUCGCUUGGGACAACCGUGGGAUGCCCCGCAGGCUGCAGAAUGACUCGGACUGUGGCACCUGGGUGAGGGAGGGCCAAGGCAGCUCCGUGGUGUUAGAAGCAUCCUACAGUAGCUGCUAUGUCACCCAGUGGGACUCCCACUACAUCAUGCCGGUAGGAGUUGAAAGAACAGAUGCAGCUGGACACAGGACAGUUACAAAGAUGAAGCUGCUCGAGUGUCCUAUGGAUUUUCUAGCCCUGAAUGCUCCAAGUGCUGACCUGUGUGACUCUGUCCCAAUGUGGGACAGACUGACAUGUGCUCCUUCACCUGUCACUCAAGGAGACUGCAAGGAGCGAGGCUGCUGCUACAACUCGGAGGUGAAUUCCUGUUACUAUGGAAACACGGUGACCUCGCGUUGUACCCAAGAUGGCCACUUCUCCAUCGCCGUGUCUCGGAAUGUGACCUCACCCCCGUUGCUCUUGAAUUCUGUACACUUGGCCUUCAGGAAUGACAGUGAAUGUAACCCUGUGAUGGCAACACAUGCCUUUGCCCUCUUCUGGUUUCCAUUUACUUCCUGUGGUACCACAAGACGGGUCACUGGAGACCAAGCAGUGUAUGAAAAUGAGCUGGUUGCCACUAGGGAUGUGAGAACUUGGAGCCAUGGUUCCAUCACCCGGGACAGUAUCUUCAGGUUCCAAGUCAGCUGCAGCUACUCUGUAAGUAGCAAUGCCUUCCCGGUUAAUGUCCAGGUUUUUACUCUCCCACCACCCCUUCCUGAGACCCAGCCUGGACCCCUCACUCUGGAACUUCGGAUUGCCAAAGAUAAACACUACAUCUCCUACUACAACGUUAGUGACUACCCAGUGGUGAAGUUACUUCAGGAUCCCAUUUACGUGGAGGUCUCCAUCCUUCACAGAACAGACCCCUACCUAGGGCUGAUGCUACAUCAGUGUUGGGCCACACCCAGCACAAACCCCCUGCAUCAGCCUCAGUGGCCCUUGCUGGUAAAGGGAUGCCCCUACACUGGAGACAGUUAUCAGACCCAACUGAUCCCUGUUCAGAAAGCCUUGGAUCUGCCAUUUCCUUCUCACUACCAGCGCUUCAGCAUCUUCACCUUCAGCUUUGUGGAUUCGGUGGCAAAGCGAGCAUUCAAGGGACUGGUGUAUCUGCACUGCAGUGCAUCCGUCUGCCAGCCUGCUGGGACACCACCCUGUAUGAUAACCUGUCCUGUGACUAGGCGAAGACGAAGCUCUGACAUCCGCUUUCAGAACAGCACUGCCAGCAUUUCUAGCAAGGGUCCCAUGAUUCUACUCCAGGCCACAAAGGACUCUUCAGAAAAGCUCCAUAAAUACUCAACUUCUCCUGUAGACUCCCAAUCUCUCUGGGUGGCAGGCCUUUCUGGGACCUUUAUUGUCGGAGCCUCAUUAGUGUCCUACUUGGCUAUCAGGAAGCAGAUGAGUUCCUCAGACUAA